UCUCACUCUCUCUCCCAUCUCUGCUUCGCUACAAACCCAAAAAUGGAAAACCGGUUCAAACUGCGAAUCUCUCGCAUGUUCCGGUCAUCAUUCGGGUCAUGCCGCUCCAAAACCAUCACCGACGCAAUCGAAAAACCCGUUUUUCUCCCCGAAAACCAGCAGCGCCAGUUGAUCGAGCUUUUCUCUCCAAAACCCCGUCCAUUUCCUUCCCUCUGCAGAACACAACACCCUCAGACUUUCCGAACUCACGAUCAUCUACAAACCUGUAUUCCCAACAAAAUCUUGAAAAAACCCCUACUCCUCUCAGCGUCAACCGAGGAUAGUAGUCGUACUACUACUCAGGAAGGUCAAAAAUGUCCGCCUGCAUCCCCCAUUUCGCCUCUGAUCAACGCUUUCUACCAGUUCCAAGAUCAUGCGGCGACGCCGACGCCGACGCCUUCGAAGCACAAAGAAAAGAAGAGCAAACGGGCUAGUAUAAACAGAAGGGUUCGUUCGAGAAGCAAAAGUAUUUUUCUACUUGAUGAAUUUUCAGCUUGUAGCUACAAUGGCUUGUUUAGUAGCGAUGAAGAUGACGACGACGAUGAUGAUAGAACGACCAUGUUUUCUUCAAGAUCACUCUCCUCUGACUCUUCCGAGUCUUUCAGAAGAAACAAAACGUGUAAGAGCAACAGGAAGCCUCGGCAGAGGAGAAAUUAUCAUUCCGCAGGCGGUCCAAAUCCAUUAGCAGUGCCGGAAUUGAAGGGGAAAGUGAAGGACAGUUUUGCAGUGGUGAAGCGUUCGAGUGACCCGUACAACGAUUUCAGGACAUCAAUGGUGGAAAUGAUUGUGGAAAGGCAGAUGUUUUCUGGAAAGGAUUUGGAGAACUUGUUGCAGUGCUUGUUAUCUUUAAACUCUUAUCAUCAUCACAGGGUUAUCAUUGAAGUUUUCACUGACAUUUGGGAAGCCUUGUUCGCUAACUCCCCGUCCUAGAAGAGAAGAUUACUUUGUUGUCGUUGUUGUAGUAACUUUCAAGCCCAUUUCUGUGUUUUUUUUUUUUAAGGAGAUGCAUGUAUUGUCAACAAUGACGAAGUAAUUAGUCUUCUACCGACUGUUAGUAUUAUUAGCUAUGUUGAUGAUGGUGGAGUACAAUUAGUGGUCAUUAAUCUUUGCAGUUGCUUUUCCUUUUCUUCUCUAUAUCUGCUGUUUCCGACGCCAAAGUUCAACACAUAAGUACACGUCCA